AUGAUACCACGGCCUCACAGGAAACCUGCGUUAUUUCACGCCGUGUUAGGACCAAAGGGUCAAUCUUCCCUUUUACUCCGACAUUCGUUGUGGAAUGUGAGUGCGGCACUCAGCGUGGAGAAGACUGGUAGUGGUUGUAUAAAGCAGGUCGGGCGGAGCCGCGGGUGGCCGGGGCGAGCGCGCGCUCGACCCUGCCGCCGCCGCCGCGCCGCGGGCCCGCUAACGCCCGUCUACACCUCCACAGCACAACUAGAUCCCAGCCAGAAAGCUCGGAAACCUUUAAACUUGAAACAGUUCCCGUUCUUAAGGAAUGCCACUGUGGACUUUGGAGUGCGGAAUAAUAGUACCUAUCUAAUUAUUCACAAUCGGUGUCCAGUUGCGUCGGCAGAAGCCUUAAAUAGCUUUUAUAAAAGAUGCAGACCGCUCAUUCAUUUGCUGACGACAACGGUGGAAAAUUGA